GUCCCAAACAAAGGAAAAAUGAAUCCCAAGAUAAAACUAAUAAUCCCAUUUGCUGUCGUCACUUUGAUUUUUCAAUCUCUACAAAUGUCUACUUCCCCAACGCUAAAUCAUUGUUGAUAUAUAAAAAGCAUAAUUCCCAAUACACUAUUCACAAAGCGUUCAACCAUAAUUAUUGCAAACUUUAUGAGUAAUCUCCAAAUAGGUCCAUUUUUUAUUUUUCUUUGAUAUUAUAUUUUAUUUUGUAUCUUUUAUUUAUCUUUCAUUUGUUUUUCCAUAAUUUAGGGUUGCUAUUUUUCUAAGAGGUUCUUUUUUCUUUUAUUAUUGUUGUAACCAAUAUUUUUGUUUGUAUUUGAUUUUACUUUCUUACGCAUCUUUUCACUCGCUCGAAUAGAAAAACAAUGAAAAACAUCUUUCGGGGGCCAGUCCCGCAUUUGAUGGAUGUCUUGGCAAAAUAUGUCUCGGAGCAAGAUGAUGGGAGAAUGAGUUUUCGACGAUUCGAGCAUUUUAAUCAGCCCUUUUGGCUAAAAUUGGGCGGAGGAUCCUUAACCAACCUUAGUCCCUCCUGGUCCAGGUCCAUAAGGGAAAAUAUUUCUCGACAGGGUCCUUCUUCACUACUAUGGCGCAUUCACAAACCUCAUUGGGUUGGCAGGGUAUCCUUUAUGGUCGCCAAUUUCGCUAGAAACUGUUGCGCUGACUAAUCAGCAAUGGUCAUACAACAUUCAUUAAGAAUUCCAGCUGGAUUCCUAGGUUGCAUCUACACGCCCCCUGCACACCCAAGGUGAUACCAGAGGAAAGUGAUCCAACACUAGCAAAACUAAUGAUGCCAGGGGAAGGCGAUGAAAUGAGGAGAUACUCAAACACUUGUUCCCGCUAGAGGCAGUGCGAACAAAUAAAGAAAUCCCACUGCCUCGUUAGGAUAUAGAGGACUCACUAAUAUUGCAUGAUACCAUUGAUGGAGUGUUCAUCGUUAAAUAUGCUUAUCACCUAGGGACCAUGAUUGAUCAUAGGCGAAGCAGGUGGCGACAGACUGUCAGUUGGAUGGAUAGAUCAAGUUGGAUUCGGAUUUGGGAGCUCCCAAUCCCACCAAAGUUUACGAUUUUUCUCUAGCAAAUAUUCAAUCGCAUUCUCCCAACCACGAAAGCUCUGAUUGAGUAGGAGGUUCAAGUGCUACCUCGAUGCUCGGUAUGCAUGGCGGACUCGGAGACAAUGGAGCAUCUCUUUCUUGACUGUCCAGUGGCAAGGGAAUAUGGGAACACUUUGGCCUAGAAUAUCUAGGCCAAGGUCUCCCUCGCCAAAACUUCCUACUUUUUCUCAAAAAGUUGAUGUUAUUGCUCAAUCAACCCCAUCAGAGUAUGAUUGUUGUCGCGGCCCUCUGACGGAUCUGGAAAUCUAGGAAUUGGGUUGUCUUUGAAGAUAAACAAUUGUAGUUUAUAUCUAUGAUGCAACAGUAUCAUCAACAAGUUAAUGAAUAUAUCGGUUUACCAACUGAUAGAGUGACAUCAGCUCCCCCCCUCCCCCCAACUAAAUUGAGAGCGCGAUUGCUUCAAACCUUGUCUCGCUUACUUUUAGGUCGGAUGGUGCAACAAGGAAUGAAUCACACUCGGUGGGAGGAAUGGUUAUAAAAGACUAGAGUGGGUCGAUUGUCUUGGCUAGAGUUCAUAUUGAUAAAAUUGAUGACCCACCGAUGGAAGAACUAUUAGUCCUCCUUCGCGGCCAUCCAGUACUGUCUUGGAUUGUGGCAUCUCGUAGGUUCGUUUUGAAGGGGGUGCGAAAGUGGUCAUUAAUAAGAUAAACCAAGGCGAUAAACAUGCUAAUCACUUUGGAGCCAUUCUCGAGGAAGUUCUUUGUUUGUUGACAAUUUCGUAAUGUUCUUAACGUACGAUUUGUAGGUUGGAAUAACAAUUAGGGUAACCCGCUUUGUUGCUAGAAAGACCUUUUCUUUGUACCUUACUACGUGUCGCUCUUUUGAUUUUCAGUCCUUGGUGUAUACCAGAGUGUCAUGCGUUCGAUAUCUUUUUUUAAUCAAUAUUAUCUUAGUAAAAACAAAAUUGAUUGAAUUAUUAGGAUACACAUAUGAGCCGAAAACACCUGAUGCACGACAAGAUCCCACACACAGACAAUUUGUGGUUUCACUUUCACAAGUUACCUCUAUGGGGCACUUCUUUUUCACACAAGCGCACUAAGACGGUAAAACGAUAAAAGCUAAACAAUAACAAUUUGUCAAAACUUAACAAAUCAUUUUCUGGUUGCGUCAAAAUAUCUCUACCCAAAUUCAUCUUUUUAGCUGUCAUUCAACACACUUUGCUCUGCUUCCCCCUUCCCUACCCUUUUGUACAGCUGUGAUCCUCUUUAUCACAGGAUGUAUGAAUGCAUAUAUAUAUGUAUUUUGUUUCUUUAUUUUAUAUUGUUUCUCACGUGUUAUUGGCCUACGAAGCUGAUUGUUUAAGGGAAUUCGGGAAAGGGUUCGCCCUAAAAAACAGAGCAAGGGAAGCAGAGCCUCUUCCCCUGUUUUCCAUAUUUCACUUCAAAAAGUUGGGAGUGCUUGAAGCUGUAAAGCAGGUCCCAGCUUCCUGUUGCCUUCCCAAUUCUCCAAACAAACAAACCAACUUUCUUGAAGUUUCAUUUAUGAAAUAGCAAAAAUAUCCCUUUAACGUGACUGUGACUAAGUGAAAUUUUGGAGUACAUGUGGUCUAUAUCUUCCCACUUGUUCCUCAAACAAAAUGUCUGGCAUUUCAUGUAAUUCUAGUAUUUGUACUAAAAAUAAGAGGUCGUACCGGAAAAAUCAACGGCGAUAACAUAUUUUAAAUUGAAAUUGUAGUUUAAUCACGAUUCAAUUAUUUCAUACCGUUAAAAACCGCCUACCAAUUUAGACUCCGAAAGCGUCGAUACAAGCACCGCAAAUAAUAGGGUGUUUUUCUUGACUAGGAGGAUGAUCGGAUGACCAGCCUUCUAGCCUACCCAAUAUACUUUUGGGGAAGUAGCUUCUUGUUACGUUCUUAACCGGUCUUGUAAAAUAAAUAAUACCCUACCCUUUGAGGGAAAGCUAACAAAACGUGGUUAAGUUAAUAACAAGUUUGGACCAAACAAAAAGAAGAAGAAAAAAGAGAGAGAGGAGAGGAGAGGAGAGUUUUAAAAUAAGAUUCAGAAAGAUAGAAGAAGCAAAGAGGAAGAAGAUGACAGGACAGCCAAUGGAUUUCACGGGCUAUAUAAACCCUUUCCCAGGCCUCCGUUUUUCCUCCCCCCGCCUCUCCCUCUUACCUCUUCACAUCACCACUGUUCCAUUUCUCUCUCGAUCGCCCCUGUUUUCUCUUUCCCCUGCUCUGUCCUUGGACAAAACAGAGUGAAAGAAAAAAAGCUCCAACACCCAGGUAGAUUGGAAUAAAUUUCCCCUCUUCCACGCUUGUCUCUGGUUCGAGUUUCCCAUUUUCGAUUCCAACCCAUCAAAGUAUGAAGGAUUUCACCUUCUGGGCUUUCAUUUUUUCUUGUGACUUAAUUGUUAAGAACCAUGGAAGAUCAAUGUUCAAAAGUUCCCAACUCUUUUCUCUCCCCUGUUUUUCACUGUACGCCAUUGAAGGAAGCAAGCAGCUCCUUUUUUUGCUAAUAAACAAUUGAGUUUCCUGAAACCAAUCACCCAAAACACACAAAAGGCGCCCCCUUUUUCUGCUUUUUGGAAAGACAAAGUUUCAUUUUACAAGUCGGACCUUUCUGAGUUCGCAAAACCCUUACACGCCAAAUUGGAAAGAGAAUCCAGCAUCAGAAAGUCAUUGGUCCAAUUCAUCACCGAAUGAUUCAGUUCCAUUCAGUCGUGGAUUGUCCACUCACUAACUACGCCUUAUCCCUUUUUCCCUCCCCGCUUUGCAUGGAAUUGGGGCCAUGGAUUGCCCACUCCUUUUAUCGACCGUCCCCUGUUUAUUUGGUGCUGAUCUGAGUCGACAAAGUGCCACAAAUAGUCACUUUUCCUUCAGUUGGCCUUACUUAGUAUUUAUAGUCUUGUUCACUUGCUUGCCAUUGAUCCCUCGCCAUUUUCUGUAAUCUUUUUCUUCCCCUGUCAAGGUUAAUCGCUCAAGAUGGAGUACGAAAACUGCUACCUUCAAGCACAGAGGCCCAAAUACGAUUGCCUUCUAUUCGAUCUAGAUGAUACCCUUUAUCCUUACAGCUCUGGUCUUGCAGCAGCAUGUGGGCAGAACAUCAAAGAUUACAUGGUGGAGCACUUGGGCAUUGACAGGAACAAAAUAGUGGAGCUAGGCAAUCUGCUGUACAAAAACUUCGGCACAACCAUGGCUGGUCUCCGGGCCAUUGGCUACGACUUCGAUUAUGAUGAGUACCACAGCUUCGUUCAUGGCAGAUUACCUUACGAGAAUCUGAAGCCCGACCCUGUUCUUAGGAGCCUGCUGCUGAGCCUCCCAUUCCGCAAAGUUAUAUUCACGAAUGCGGACAAAGUUCACGCACUCAAGGCGCUGAGCAGGCUGGGAUUAGAGGAUUGCUUCGAAGGGAUAAUCUGCUUCGAGACACUUAAUCCCACCCACAAAACCGCAGCUUCUGAUGACGAGGACGACGUCGCUUUCGUUGGCCCGGACUCAUCCGCCGCCAACGCAACAACAGCUCCUCCUCCAACCCACCACAAUAAUUCCCCUGCCCCUGCUGAAAUCUUCGACAUUAUUGCUCACUUCGCCAAUAACCCUAACAGCAACAACAACAGUACCUUACUCCCCAAGUCACCCAUUGUGUGCAAGCCAUCGGAAGCCGCCAUCGAACGCGCCCUCAAGAUCGCCAAUCUCAACCCACAGAGAACCUUGUUCUUCGAAGAUAGCGUGAGGAACAUUCAAUCCGGGAAGCGGGUCGGGCUGCACACCGUGCUGGUUGGGACCUCGCAGCGGGUCAAAGGAGCGGAUUACGCACUGGAGAGCAUCCACAACCUGAGGGAGGCGAUUCCUGAGCUCUGGGAAUUAGCAGACAUUGUUACCAUCAAAUCACCUUCAGACAAAGUUGCUGUUGAACAAUCGGUCACAGCUUAAUUUCACCAAAAUCAACCACCCCCACCCCCCAAAAACAAAACUUGGGGAUCACAGAAAAAAAACAGAAGGAAAAAAGGUUGAAAUCAUUGAUUGAUGGAUUGGCUCCCAUCCAUCCAUGGAAGCUCUUGUUAUGAUCACACAAAUUGUUAAUGGUGACCCAAUUUCCUCCUCCACAUAUAUCAUCAUCAUCAUCAUGUAGCUGUAGUGAUGCUCCCUUUCUCCUCUGUCUCUAUCCGAUCACAUAUAUUAGUAUAAUAGGAAACCCAUGAAAAAUAUAUGAGAGAAAAUAAAAGAAGAAUUUCCCCUCCCCCCCGCCUCCAUCAUCAUCGUUGCUUGUUGAAAUCAGUGGAGUCAUUAUCAACCACAUCGUCACUCACUCACUUACUCUGCCAAUCAUUGAUUGAAAGAAAAAAGUAGUAACAGGCAGGCAAGAGUUCCAAACUUCUCUGAGCUAUCGUGUUAAUCCAUCUGUCCUUGAGAUUGUGAGUUAACGACGACACCUGUAGUGAAAAUCUGGUACGGGGAAACCGAAUCUGGUGGUGUGGCUCAAAGAUAAUAGAGCAAGAACCGGAUUAAUAAAUAAAUUACUGCAAUUAUUGGGGCUGCCUUCCCUUCCCUUCCCCCAUGCAUUAUUUUAAGGUUGGUCUGUUGCUCAAGCAACAAUUUUUUCUUUUAUCACAUAAAAAAGAGGCAGCAACGCAUUUUCAGAUACUUGUGCGGAAGGGAAAUGCUAUACGACAGGAUAAUGGGAUCUUUUUCCCCAUCAAUUUGAGAUGAGCUAGUUAGUUAAUUAAUUAUCAGUAUUUGGUAUUAUAAUAUUCGCAUUUGACGAGAGACGCGAUCAAGCAUAAACAACUCCAGCCAGAAAUGAUUUUUAUCAUGAAUCGUUGUUCUGAAAAAGGCGGUUUAAAUUGUUCGCUAGAGAAAGCCAUGAUUAACUAAUGGUAAACCAAUGUCUCCUCUUAUAAUGUAAGUCGUGUUUGUAUAGCGUGAUGUUCCUUAUAUAUACUUUUCCCCUCCCCGACGUGUUUUAGUAUUGGUUAGCUGUUCGAUUGGUUGAUUUUGCUGGAUUUUAUACCUCUCUAACAUAAACCCUUGGGACAUUCAAUAUGAACUAUAAAUUUGAUUCACCACAAGGUUUGACGUGUCCAAACAAAGUUCAAACUCAUGAGUUAGGUUUUUAUUCUUUUUUUUUUUUCAACAACUAAUAUUAUUGAGAUGAACUGGAUCUGAUGGGUUUUAUAAAUAGACUUGAUUUGAGUUUUACAUAGAUCAAAUACGAAGAAAUGAAUUAACCCAAAUUGAAUUGCAUGCAUUUUCAAUCCUUCUCCUCCCUCCUUCUACAUUUUAUCCAGCAGAUGGAUCAAUUCGAUCCAAAAUCUGAACCAAAUAGAGCCAAUUUGUCCUGUCACUAAAUACAAGCCAGGCUAGAGUCCAGAGAGCUAGCUGGCACACAAUGAAUAGAUGGAGCAGGCGCCAUUGGCCAUUUCUGAUGGUUGUAAAAGUUGCAACCUAACAAAAGCUUAUCAGCUGGCAAUGGAAAGUACCAUAAUCAUUCAUGGGAUACGGAAAUUGAACUCUUGUCCUCCUCUGCCUAGCUUCUCUCUUCUUUCUUCUUUUACUUUCAUGUUUGGCCUUCAUAAUCAUCAUCAUAUUCAUGUAUAGAGUGAGGAUUGGUUGUCAAAACCGUACUAAGGCUGUACGUGGAUUAAUAAUGGACUCGCUUUUGUCACAUUGGUCUAUCCAUCCAUCCAAGUAAGUUUGCAUUGAAUCUGACCUACUACUACGGUACUACCUCCUCCAUCUCCCCGCCAGCGGCGGAUCCAGAACAGUAGAGCACUGGGCCGCAUUUCAUUGGAAAAUUCGAUAUCGUAAAAAAAAAAUUAUGAUUAUAGUUUUUUUUUACAAUGUCAAUUGUACACGACGGUCUUUUAAUUUAGCAAAUACAUCGAUAAUUAAAUCUACAUCCAUACCAACUAUGUUUCAAAUAAAAUACAUGAGCAAUCAGCGAGAAAUUCAUCGCUCAUUUUGUUGCGCAAAUCAGUUUUAACAUGUUUCACUGUUGAAAAGGUUCUCUCCAUGGUAGCUGUUGAAACGAGAAGCAUCAACACUAGACAAAUCAAUUGACUAAUCAAUUUGCACUGUGUGUCCAUCCCUAUAUCCACCAUGCUGCUCUAGUAAAAUUUUAAGGGAACAAACCUCAUAUUUCUUUUAGUCUUUUACGCUUUAGACUUUAGGAUUUUUAGUUUUCAUUGUUUUUUUAAACGAAAAACCUUUGGGGCUAGAAUUUCUAGGAUAAAUUUAGAGUAGUGAAUUGAAUAUGUUCAUCUGAAUCAUUUUUCUAAUUAUACACAAUCAUAUUAUAAAAUAACACUUGGCUGAAUGACUAAAACCGACAAAUUUAUAAGGAUUAUUCUAACUCCGGAUCUAGAAGAGGGCUGAGCCGGGGCCCGGGGUGACCACCCUCUGGAUCCGCCAAUGCUCCCCACCCCAGGCAAAUUGGAUUCAUAACUAAUAAUUAUUAGAAUUCAUUGGUUUUUGACAUUAUAUUAGAUGUUUCAAUUAAAAGGUCUCGAUGUUUCACGUUCAAAUAUCCACAUAACUCAACAUUCACAAUUAAUUUAAAUACAAGGUAUACAGGGUUGUGCAAAUUCAAGCUUUGAGUAGAUCAUUAGAAUGCACUCCUUCGUCAUUACACUCACCAACAUCAAUGCUAUUGUGCUUGAAUAUCCACUAACAUGAAUUCUCGCAAUUAAAUUUAAGCACAAGGCAUGUAUUUGGUGAAUGUAAACUCCAAGCUUUGAAUUGGCCAACUCAAAAAAUCACAAUGCAAUCAUUUUCCAGAUUCGCCGACAUACGUGGCCUCGUGUUCGAAUAUUCACAAACCUCAAUAUACUCACAAUUAUUUUUAUGUAGAAGCUGUAUUACUUAGGUGUACGUGAACUUUAAGCUAGCUCUAAAUUUGCCAAUUCGAAUCAUUAGAAUGCACUCUCCAACAUAUAUCAAUAAUCCAACGCUCAUACUAGUUAUAGUAUGAAAGAGAUAAAAUCUAAAACUAGGUGUGUCUUCCUUUUUUAAUGAAAAGAUCGCUUGCAUUACCAAGAAAACACGAGUUACAUCAACAUUGCCAUCGACCGGAACAAAGCACAAAAAUUAAAACAAGUACAACCAACAGAAAACAAAGAAAAAGUUUUUUUAACCACCAAGUGGACUAACUUAUUGUUUGCCUUAGAUAUUUCAUCUUUUCAAAAUAUAAAUAUAUAUUCAAUAAUUAUAUUAAAAUCCAGUAGAGACUAUCCGACUUAAAAAAGAGAGCCCAGUGGCUGAAGCUUCAUGGGUGCAAGACAAGAUCAAAUAGGGUAAUUUAACGUUAUGAUACAAAUUCAUCUUGUACUUAGAUAUUUUCGUAUAAAUUUCUUUACGGUAC